UGACUGUGAAAGAAGAUCAAAUCUUCUCCAUGAACCCCCCCAAGUAUGACAAAAUCGAGGACAUGGCCAUGAUGACCCACCUCCACGAACCCGCUGUGCUGUACAACCUCAAAGAGCGUUACGCAGCCUGGAUGAUCUACACCUACUCGGGUCUCUUCUGCGUCACUGUCAACCCCUACAAGUGGCUGCCGGUGUACAACCCCGAGGUGGUGUUGGCCUACCGAGGCAAGAAGCGCCAGGAGGCCCCUCCACACAUCUUCUCCAUCUCUGACAACGCCUAUCAGUUCAUGCUGACUGAUCGGGAGAACCAGUCCAUCCUGAUCACCGGAGAAUCCGGGGCCGGGAAGACUGUGAACACAAAGCGUGUCAUCCAGUACUUUGCAACAAUUGCAGCCAGUCCAAAAUAA